GUUUUGUUUACGGUGUACUGUAGUUUUGUUAAAGUGACUAGAGCAUUUCUUGUUUAUCGUUCUAGUUCAGAAUUCAUAAAGCUGGCAAGCGUUGUCAUGUUGCUUAGCGAGGUCCAUCAUCAGAGUCUCCAGCAGGAAAUCCUCCGGCGGUUAAUGUGAGGACACUGUGCCGGCGAACAGUGUGCGCCUAUGUCUGCCGUCAAGCUCCCAAGCAUUGACGACUUCGUGGUGCUCAAGCCAAUUAGCCGAGGUGCCUUUGGCAAAGUGUACCUAGCGCAAAAGAAAGGCAGCACAGAUCAGCUCUUUGCCAUCAAGACUGUCAAGAAGAGUGAAAUGGUGCACAAGAAUAUGGUUGACCAAGUUCUUGCUGAGCGGAAUGCCUUGGCUGUCAGCCGCAGUCCGUUUGUGGUGCACCUGUUCUACUGCCUGCAGACACCAACCUGCGUACACCUGGUGAUGGAGUACAUGAUUGGCGGAGAUGUCAAGUCAUUGCUGCAUGCGUACGGCUUCUUUGAGGAGCCUAUGGCACGUUUCUACACGGCAGAGGCGGCCCUUGCUCUGGACUACCUUCACCGACGAGGCAUUAUCCACAGGGACCUGAAGCCGGACAAUAUGCUCAUCUCUGCUCAAGGGCAUGUCAAGCUCACAGACUUUGGUCUCUCGCAGGUGGAGCGCAAGCACAUUGAACUGGCUGAUGUGCUGGGCACUCCUGCGAGUCGUGCAUCGUCGCGUCCUGUCCAGGGACGCACACCUGGCCAACUUCUGUCACUUACGUCAGACUUGUCCUUCACUGGGCCACAGCGAUCAGCGCGACGACGUCUUCCCAGAGGUUCCUGCUCUGCUGGUGGUUCAAUGAAGCGGCCCUCAUCGAGCCCCCUGGUGGUGAAUGCCAAGCGUCUACACUUUGACCUGGGAAGCAGCCCACCGUUGCGAAGUCCCCUUGACAGCAGCAGUCUCCAAUCGCCCAAUGUCUUGAGUCCCGAAUGGGCUGAUGGUGCCAGUCACAGUGAUGAGGUGUUUACAGCAAGACCAGCUGACACAACUCCUGUGUGCUGUGCUGGCAGCAUGGAGCGCCGAACCCCCAAGGUGUCCCGAGGCCAGCACCGCCUGUUGGGCACACCAGAUUAUUUGGCACCUGAGCUGCUCCUGGGACAGGAACACGGUGCACCUGUGGACUGGUGGGCCCUUGGCAUAUGUCUGUAUGAGUUCAUGACAGGACUGCCACCUUUCUGCGACCAGAGUCCAGAGGCUGUCUUCACCAACAUUCUGCAUGGAGAGCUUGAGUGGCCCAUUGGGGAGGAGGCACUGUCGUCAGCAGCGGUGCAUGCUGUGUCGGAGCUGCUCACUCGGCAACCCGAAGCACGGCCGGGAUUCCAGGAACUCUGUUCGCUGCCGUUUUUUGAGAGUGUCACGUGGAGCAGCCUGCUGGAUAAGGAGCCUCCGUUCGUACCUAAUCCAGAUGGCGACACUGACACUUGUUACUUUGAUGCACGCAACCAGAUGCAGCACCUGCAGCUCUCCAGCUUUGGCUGCUAGCCUCACAUCACCGAAGCUCGCCUCAAGGACUGUGCAUCGCUGCUUUUAUUGUUUUAGCCUUUAUUGGUUUUUAGUUAACAAAAAUGUCGGCCUUCUCUCUUUGAUUGCUGGUUCUCAUUAAUGUUUGUUAGGUCUUUUCUGCAAUGCAUUCAAUGGGGCAUCACGUGACUACACGCCCACGCCGUUCGUCCGUGAUCGACACGAACGGAAAUUGCCGAUCCGCACUCUGGUGGUUGUAAUGCAGCUUAGAAUGUGAGUCCGACAACAUGCGCGGCCCUUUAGGGGCCCCAUACACCGUCGCAUGGUCACGCAGUGGGCCUAAAACAAGGCUAAUAAUGCUCAAAAACAGUGCAAAAUAAACUAACAAGCUCUAAAAUAAUACUGUCACGUGGUUGUGACGGUGAAGAAGGCUGCAGAAAUACUGGGAAAUCCGGAACUCUUUAUUUGGGUGGACUUGUGCCCGGAAAAUGAAAACUCGAAAUACAAGCGAUACACGCUGUGCACGUAUAGCGGCGAGGACAGUGGUCGGCCGUCGAGUAAUCUAAUCAGUGGUCGAACGCAUCGUCUUUUAUACCUCAGUCAUCGAACGUUCCAGCGUUAUCGCUGGUGAAUAAGCUUGACUACUCGCGUCCUGCGCGUAAUAUUAACGGUUAAUGAUCUAAAAAAAAUAGCGAAGCUUCUUAAACAUUGCUGCGUGGUCUGCGCCGAACGUUGCUAGCAGCCUUUGUGGGUGAAACCCGAAUACAUCAAAAUAAAGCAGUAAACACGCGUGGCAAUGCCUCCCUUUGAAAUAUCAUCGCCCCGAUGCUUAAGCAGAACACGGAAAUUGAAAACACGCAUGCAAUGCGAAAGAAUAAAGCAAGCAAAAGCUAGUCCUAAGGUUCGUUAACGCGCAUAGAACGGCUUCAAGGGCCCCUAACCACCCCUCGUUCAAAGACGGAGUGAUUUCUAUUGCGCCUUCGCUACCCUUCCUGCAGGCGAUAUCUCCUCCCCGUCACUUAUUUAUUAAAAGCACGUGCACAAUGCAGCACUAAGCGUUGAGCCUAUCAGAUUUCGCGCUUGUCAGAUACAUGUUAUCUCAGCUUGCGCAGCCGGAAACACAAAGUGAAGUGAAAUCAGUUGAUCGCGCUCGAUAGUCAUGCGAGGCAAGGAAGAACGGGCGGGCGGCUGCAUGGCAAAGCAUUCUAGGAGACAAUUCACAAUAACUGACAUUUUGUGUAUAUAUGAACCAAUGGAGAGUAUGUACCGUAAUCGCGUCACGUGAAUCAUCGUUCUUGCGUCACGAGGUGCGCCAGAAAAACGAGAAACGCCUCUAGAGAAUAACGCGCUGGUUCGUAUUUUGAGAGGCUUUUUAGGGUCCCGU